GAUCUGGGACACUGAAAGAGAGAGAGAGAGAGAGAGAGAGAGAGAGAGAUUCGUACGCGCAUCAAACUCUUAGAAUAACACUCUUAGAAUUGCCUCCACACUCUCAACAUCUGCACGCUUUUUGCGGAAGAUUUCCAUCUCCUCGUCCUGGAUUCCUCGUUUUCCAGCAUAAAAAAACGACGUAACCGUUUAAUGCAAGAGGAUUGAUUUAUAUUCAUUUCUUUUUUGGUCUUAAAAGGGAUAAAAGGAGACUAACCAAUCAAUCAAACAAAUAAACCAGCAAAAUCCAGAAGGGUAUCAGGAGGACAGCUGCGGCGGAAACCAGUGAUCUUGCGGUUUAACACUCCUGACAUUAGACGACUCCAAAGCUAAGGUUUCCAUACAGAACAUCCUCCACUUGAGCCUCUAUUCCUCACUGUGCAUCAAGGAUGGUUCAGACAGCAGGCCACUUCCUGUCAGGCAUGUCUGCCAGGUGUUUCCUGUUCCUGUGUGUGCUCUGUGCACUCUGUGUCUCUCUGUGUAACGGAGCAUGUGCAGAGGUGGACUCGGACACUGAGGCGGUAGCAGGGCAUGGCUUUAAAUUGGGCUGCAUUUCCUGCAAGAUGAGAGGUGAGGUGGAGGCCUCCGCGAUCGUAGACUGGUACUUCAGGGCUAAAGGAGAGAAAGAGUUUGUACAUAUCUAUAACUAUGAUGGUGGGUCACCCAUCAUAAUCGACGACCGCUUCGAAGAUCGCGUGCACUGGAAUGGCAGUAGGAAGACCAAUGACCUGCAGGAUGCCUCCAUCUACAUCCACAAUGUCACCUUUAAUGAUUCAGGAGUGUACCGCUGCUUCUUCCGCCGAACCCUCUCCUAUGACGCCUAUGAGUAUGAGACUACUGCCAUCAAGGUGGUGCACCUCACUGUGGUGGCUAAAGCGACGCGCGGCACAGCCUCCAUUGUUUCGGAGGUAAUGAUGUAUGUGUCAAUCAUCGGGCUGCAGCUGUGGCUGUUGGUGGAGAUGAUCUAUUGCUACAGAAAGAUCGCUGCAGCCGGCGAUGAGGCCCUCAGAGCCAGCGCGGAGGAGUAUUUAGCGAUAGCAUCGGAAAGCAAAGAUAACUGCACAGGAGUGCAGGUGGCGGAAUAACAGAGGCUUUACCUGUGUCACCCACAUGCAUCUCCACAUUCCUGUCUUCUGCUUCUUCCUGGCAUCAUCACAAUUAUCCAGCUGGAUGUUCCCUUGUUAUUGAACAUCUUCCUCAAACACCUAAUCCAAACCUGCCAUGAACCUGCCUUGUUUUGUGAGAGUUUCAAUCCAGUUCUUCUUGUUUAGCAUUUAAAUCCUUCAAGAAAUAGUUUGAGGAGACCAGGAUCACGAAAUGGUUAUUUAUAAGAAACAAAGGUUUGCAUGAUUGUAAUUAUAGGGCAUGUUUAUAUAUAUAUAUAUAGUAUUUCAAGUACAUUGCACCUCAUACAUAUUGCUUUAAUAUAGAAAUGGAACGAAAUGCAUUACAUAUUUGCUGUAUAUAUUUGGGUUGCCAACAGACAUGCGUCAAUAGUUGAGUUUCUGGGUUAGUUUCUAACAUUGAAAUAGCUCCAAAAACAUCACAGAUCCUACUCACUUCUCUAUAAGCUUGUUUUGGGGACAAUGCUAAUAAAGGCAAGGUCAAACACGACGUAUUUUGGGUUACUAAGUGGAAGGUCAGGAGGUUUAAGCCCCGGUAUUUCCAUGCCGCCACUCUUGGGCACUUGAGCGAAGCCCAUAACCCUCUGUGUUCCAGGGGUGCUGUACCCAUGGCUGACCCUGCGCUCUGACCCCAGCUUCCUAACAUCGCUGGGAUAUGUGAAGAAAGAAUUUCACUGUGCUGUAAUGUAUAUGUAUAUCUCUACAAGUAAAAAGUUAUUUUUUAAAAAAGGUUCUCAGAGGGUCCAGUGACAUAGUGAUUCAAAGAUAUAUGACUGAAUAACAGACUUGUUGUUACGAAGAAGAAACAGGUCCUGUUCAAGUUAUGCUGACUUGUUUAGAAACAUCUGAGGUAGGAUCGAUAUUUUAACGCGAAAUCUUCCAACACCAGUUUUGAAAGUAUAGAUACUUUAGGAUCGAUCCGCCCGUCCCUAAUGUCUAGUCUGUCGAAAAAGUAGUAACCCUAAUAUGUAUUUUUACUCUGACAUAAGCAAAAAAUAA